GCCAGCUCUGCACACUGUUUCAUUUCCGAUCUCUCCAGAGCCCGGGCAGAGCGUACCCCUGUCCGGCCUGGUGACCUUCGCCUGAGCUCUGGUUAAUAUUUGUCCGACCCAAAGGCAGUGGGGCUCCACCCCCUGUUAGGAUAUAAACUGGCCCUGGGGCUGCUCUCCUUUCCACUUGGCCUGAGCUGUUCUGAGCUCCCUGCCCGCCGGCAUCAUGGCCAAGGGGUUCUACAUUUCCAAGACCCUGGGCAUCUUGGGCAUCCUGUUGGGUGUGGCAGCGGUGUGUACCAUCGUAGCUCUGUCGGUGGUCUAUGCUCAGGAGAAGAAUAGGAAUGCAGAGAACUCUGUCACAGCCCCCACGCUCCCGGGCAGCACCUCAGCCACCGCCUCAGCCACCACCUCAGCCACCGCCUCAGCCACCGCCUCAGCCACCGCCUCAGCCACCACCUCAGCCAACACCUCAGUCACCACCUCAGCCACCACCCCUGCUGUAGAUGAAAGCAAGCCUUGGAACCAGUAUCGCUUGCCUAAGACUCUUAUACCUGACUCCUACCGGGUGAUCCUGAGACCCUACCUCACCCCCAACAACCAGGGCCUGUACAUCUUCCAAGGCAACAGCACCGUUCGCUUUACCUGCAACGAGUCCACGAAUGUCAUCAUCAUCCACAGCAAAAAGCUCAACUACACCCUCAAAGGAAACCACAUGGUGGCGUUACGAGCCCUGGGUGGCACCCAGGCACCUAACAUUAACAAAACGGAACUGGUAGAGCGUACUGAAUACCUGGUGGUGCACCUGCAGGGGUUCCUGGUAAAGGACCAACAGUACGAGAUGGACAGUGAGUUCCAGGGGGAACUGGCUGAUGACCUGGCUGGCUUCUACCGCAGCGAGUACAUGGAAGGAGGCGUCAAGAAGGUGGUGGCUACAACGCAGAUGCAGGCCGCUGAUGCCCGGAAAUCCUUCCCGUGCUUUGAUGAGCCAGCCAUGAAGGCCACGUUCAACAUCACGCUCAUCUACCCCAACAACCUCAUAGCUCUGUCUAAUAUGUUUCCCAAAGAGUCCAAGCCCUAUCCGGAAGACCCUUCUUGCAUCAUGACUGAGUUCCACUCCACCCCCAAGAUGUCCACGUACCUGCUGGCCUACAUCGUGAGCGAGUUCAAAAAUAUAAGCUCCGUCUCAGCCAAUGGUGUCCAGAUUGGAAUCUGGGCUCGGCCCAGUGCCAUUGAUCAGGGCCACGGUGAUUAUGCACUGAAAGUUACAGGCCCCAUCCUAAAUUUCUUUGCCCAACAUUAUAAUACAGCCUACCCUCUACCAAAGUCUGACCAGAUCGCCCUGCCCGACUUCAACGCUGGAGCCAUGGAGAAUUGGGGGCUGGUGACCUACCGUGAGAGCUCCCUGGUCUUCGACCCUCAGUCCUCCUCCAUUAGCAACAAGGAGCGGGUGGUCACUGUGAUUGCUCACGAGCUGGCCCAUCAGUGGUUCGGCAACCUGGUGACUGUGGCUUGGUGGAAUGAUCUGUGGCUGAAUGAGGGCUUUGCCUCCUACGUGGAAUAUCUGGGUGCUGACUAUGCAGAGCCCACCUGGGAUCUGAAAGACCUCAUGGUACUGAAUGACGUGUACCGUGUGAUGGCAGUGGAUGCUCUCGCCUCCUCCCACCCACUGUCCAGUCCUGCCAACGAGAUCGAAACACCAGCCCAGAUCAUGGAGCUGUUUGACAGCAUCACCUACAGCAAGGGAGCCUCCGUCCUCAGGAUGCUGUCCAGUUUCCUGACAGAGGACCUGUUUAAGAAGGGCCUUGCAUCUUAUCUCAAUGCCUACCAGUACUCGAACACCGUUUAUCUGGACCUGUGGGAACACCUGCAAAAGGCCGUGAACCAACAGACAGCUGUCCAACUCCCGGCCCCAGUGAGCACUAUCAUGGACCGCUGGAUUCUACAGAUGGGCUUUCCCGUUAUCACUGUGAACACCAAUACAGGAGAAAUCUCCCAGGAACACUUCCUCCUGGACCCCAAGUCCAACGUUACCCGCCCCUCCCAGUUUGGUUACCUCUGGAUCGCGCCCAUUCCGUUUCUCAAAAAUGGACGGGAGGAUCACUACUGGCUGGAGGUCCAGAAAAACCAGAGUGAAAAGUUCCGGACAUCCUCCAAUGAAUGGAUCUUACUGAACAUUAAUGUAACCGGCUACUACCAGGUUAACUAUGACGAAAACAACUGGAGGAAGCUUCAAAAUCAGUUGCAAACAGACCUUUCUGUUAUCCCUGUCAUCAACCGAGCACAGAUUAUUCACGACUCCUUCGACCUGGCCAGUGCUCAAAAGAUACUCAUCACCCUGGCGCUGAACAACACUCUCUUCCUGGUCAAAGAAAUAGAGUACAUGCCCUGGCAGGCUGCCCUGAGCAGCCUCAACUACUUGACGCUCAUGUUCGACCGUUCGGAGGUCUAUGGCCCCAUGAAGAGGUAUCUGAAGAAGCAAGUCACGCCCCUCUUCUUCUACUUCCAAAAUAGAACCAACAACUGGACCACUCGUCCCUUGACGCUGAUGGAGCAGUACAAUGAAAUUAACGCCAUCAGCACUGCCUGUUCCAGUGGUCUCAAAGAGUGUAAGGACCUGGUCGUUGGGCUUUAUAGUCAGUGGAUGAGCAACCCUAAUAAUAACCCGAUCCACCCCAACCUUCGGUCUACUGUCUACUGCAAUGCCAUUGCUUUCGGUGGCGAGGAAGAGUGGAACUUUGCUUGGGAACAGUUCCGGAACGCAACUCUGGUGAACGAGGCAGACAAACUCCGAUCAGCCUUGGCCUGUAGCAAAGAUGUGUGGAUUUUGAACAGGUACCUAAGUUACACUCUGAACCCGGACUACAUCCGGAAGCAGGACGCCACCUCCACCAUCAUCAGCAUCGCCAGCAAUGUGGCUGGGCAGUCUCUGGUUUGGGACUUUGUCCGAAGCAACUGGAAGAAACUGUUUGAGGAUUACGGCGGAGGAUCUUUCUCCUUUGCCAAUCUCAUCCAGGGAGUGACCCGGCGCUUCUCCUCUGAGUUUGAGCUGCAGCAGCUGGAGCAGUUUAAGGCAGAAAACUCGGCCACAGGCUUCGGCACCGGCACUCGGGCUCUGGAGCAAGCCCUGGAGAAGACGAAGGCCAACAUCAACUGGGUGAAGGAGAACAAAGAUGUGGUAUUCAAGUGGUUCACAGAGAACAGCAGUUAGUCCCUGGUUCGGAGAACCACUUGUCCCAGUGUGACACCUCUUACUAUCUCAGCAGCCUGUCCAUCCUCAGAGCUCCAGAGGAUGGACAGCAUCCUACCCUUGAGGAUGAAGUCUCCAGCCUGUGGAGCCAGCCUAGCUCCUAACCGUCAGGCUGCCAGACACCUCCCAGUUCUUGCCCCUCGUGCCAACUCUGCCCCAGGCCCAGGCCUCUGUGGCUAAUCUCAGGGAAACCCAGCUCUGAGGCUAGAUUUACUGGACAAAGGGCAGCCUGGAAAGAGACUCCCUGAAUGCUUUACUGUCCCCACCCCUCCCCUCCCCCACAAGAUCCAGAACCAAAGAAUCAACAGGGCACAAGA